ACCCACCCCGUCCUCCUCAUCCCACCCACGCACGCUAUGCGCUGCGCCUCCAUUCGUGCUGCUCUCUCACCCACAGGCUGCACUUUGUAUUAAUCCCCCCCUCGGCCCUUGCGCCCGCCCUGUGCCAGGUCACCCUUUCGUCAGCUGUCUCAGAUCGCUGCGCCGCCUGCUUCACUCCAGGCCCCAGUCUCUCGUAGUCUAUGUAUACGCUUGUCUGCGUUGCACUAUAACGCCAUUCAAGCAAAAUAAACCAUCUAUUCACACUCUCCGCCUCUACUCCCGACUAUCCCUUUGAUCGCCUGGCCGUCGACACGUCACGUCACAUACAUCACGUCAUGGCGCCAUCCGGGCAUUGGCGACACCACCAGUCCAGCAACAGCACCGCUUCAGGUCGCAGCGAGCACAGCGACCGUUCCUACGAGACAGCCCCGACAGAGUACAGCGGCCGCAGACCGUCUCUGGCCUACAGCGAAACAUGCCAUGGCCGCAUCCAAGGACGCUAUCAGGAACAUGAUUACGCUACGCCUCGAUACCAAGUCGAGCCCUACCAGCAGUUUCCUCCGCGCUCAUCAGUCGACACGUAUGCAUCGACAUCAGAAGAGGAUCUCGCCGAUGAUUUCGAAGGCAUGCCCGACUACGAUGUCCCCGUAUAUCGUCAUGAGCCGCUGGGCGGCGAUGCCAUUCCCACCACACCCCGCGACUUUGGAGAGCUCUUCCCCACCUCAAAACGCAUAUCAAUACGACACGACGACUCGACAAUUGACGGAAACAUGAACCUGAGGGUGGACACACAGAUCGAGGAUCGAUCACACCGGAAACAGAGCUACACUCUCUUCCAUCUCCGCAUGCAGGACCUUCGCACCCGUCAAUUCUCGCUCCGUCGCUACUGCAGAGACUCUGGCCGUGAGGUUUGCCACUCAACACGCAAGUACCAAAAGCCAGCCACCGAGAUGCGGCCAGUGCUCCAGCGUGCCAGCACAGCCCUCGCUAGCCUUGUCAAAUCCGAAUCCCGCCCCUCGACAUCAGCAGGCCUGAAGCGAGCAGACUCGGGAUAUGACUCAAUGCACCACAUUACUCGCCGCGACGACGACGAAGAUGAUGAUGACGACGAUCUAGUUGAGUCACGCCCCAAAACCGUGGGCUACUCCAAAGGCCGGGCACUGAUUCCGACGAAUACCAUCAAGCUCGAGUUUUCCAACUACGCCCACAUUGAUGUGAAGAGACGUGGCGCCAAGUCCUACAAGAAAUAUGCAUUUGAAUACUGGGGCAACGACUAUUCGUGGAAACGCAUCAUUAAGAAGGAGGGCCAGCAAGAAUCCAUUUCCUACUACUUGGUCCGCGACGACAACGACAAGGAGCCGCUCGCCCACAUCUGUCCUGUGCGCGUGACAGCCAGCGAAGCGCAUGAGGAGGCUGCGAGGGGUGGCUGGGUGCCCCCGUGCUAUAUGCGCAUCACCGAUGAGCGGAUCCUGAAUUCCAACUCGGACAUAUCUGAUGUCGUGGUUGCAACGGGUCUAAUGGCACUUGUGGAUGACUGCAUCAAGCGACGUUUCCACUCGAAGCAGACUACGCACAUGCACAUUCCGCUGCUGCGCAACUCAUCUUUCAAGAUGGCCAAUUUGGAGUACAUUGGGCCCAGGCGGUUGAUUGAUGAAGUCUUCAACCGUAAGCAGCACGACGGUAGCACAGCCAAGAGACCGACACCACCGGCGGCUGUGCGUCGUGUCGCGACGUGAGGUGUCGGCCUCGUUGAUUUGCUUCACGUUUGUUCAUUCGAGGCCCGCUGCGUUGGCGCAUAUCCCUGCAACCGUAGGGUAGGCGCAUCAUCUAAUGGUACACGUACGACGGAGCUGUCAGAACUGUUCUGUUGGGACACUAUCUGAUGGACAGCGGUCGUUGUUACAGGGCUGGUUAUCGGUUUUCUUUUGUGCUUAUUUUUGUCUUGUUUGAUGUUUGGUAUGCGCAUGGUCACUUUGACCGCGGCACGGAUUGCGUCAUGAGUUUGCUGCAUUUGUUGAGCGUGGGUUUCACAGGAUACCAUCCCCGCCAGGGACUUGAGCACGUUGGGACGACUGUCGAGUUGUGUUUUUUUGGUCACGAAGAGCCACUCUAUUCCUUGGAUCGAUACACGUUUUGGAUCCACGUUACGAUACCACCAUUUAUUUGGAACGAAUAAUGAAACUAGGGCCCGUUUGCCCUCUGCU